GGGGCAUCUGUGGGGGCGAGAAAAGCAGAGUGAGGCUUGACAGAACCACAAACAAAAAAAAAAAAAAACCGAGUGAUUGAGAGUUGAGAAUCAGAGUGUUUUUGAGCAUUGGUUUUUUCUCAUUUUCUUUCCCUUUCCCCCCCUCUGUAGCAUCCCGCUUCUCUGAAUCCCUUUCUGUUAAUCAUCUGUCUUUCACGGUUUUGAUUUUUGGGUUUGUUUUUUUGGACUUUGGAAACGAUCAAAAAGCAAACUUAGAACGAUUUCAAGGAAGUCAGGUGUUUUCAGAAUAGAGAUCCAGUUUUAUUUGUAGUGUUUUUUUCCCCCUAAAUUGUUUUGAAUCAGGUUUUUUUUUUUUUUUUUUCUUUUGUUUAUAUUUUCCUUGAAUCAGCCGGGAGGGUUUGUUUUUUAUUCGUCCCUCAAGGUUGGUCCUUUAGGAUCUUUGGAGUAAAGGGGUUGUUUAUUUGAAACCUCUUUGAUCUUUCAAUUUGUAGAGAUAGUUGUGUUUUCUUCCUUCUUUAUUUCUUCAUCACUUUGGAACUCUUACCUGUUCUUGAAUUUUGAAAAGAAACAGGUUGGUGUAGUGGAGAAGUUCUAUUCUAACCGUUUGCCUUCUUGUUCUAGUUUUUAUUGUAUUUUGAAGAUUUUGGUUUCUAGAUCUGACAGUUGAAGGAAUGGCACCUACGGUGGAUUUCUACAGUAGCAGACCUCUUCAAUCAGCUUCAUGUGGCGGUGAGCUCAUGGAAGCACUGGAACCUUUUAUGAAAAAUGCUUCUUCUACUUCCCCUUCUUCAACCCUAUCUCCUUCGUCUUCACCUUCUACCUCUUCUUUCUAUCCUUCAUCCGAUUUCUACUCUCCUAUCUCAACCCAGUAUCCAGAUGGAUGCUCGACCUCGACCACCCAUGUAAUUUCCCAAGGGUUCUCGAGUCAUGACCUACAGGGUUUCGAGCAUUCGGGUCCAAUUGGGCUCAAUCACCUAACACCCUCUCAGAUUCACCAGAUCCAAGCCCAGAUCCAGCUUCAGCAACACCACAACCACAUGCCUGCCGUGGCUGCUGCAGCUUCGUUCAACACCCAGAAUCUCCCCCAGUGGCAACAGCGUCAACAAGCCCCUAACUUCCUCAGUCCGAAGCCCAUCCCCAUGAAGCAAGUGGGCGUACCUCCAAAACCCACAAAGCUCUAUAGAGGGGUGAGACAACGGCAUUGGGGAAAAUGGGUCGCCGAGAUCCGACUUCCCAAGAACCGAACCAGGCUCUGGCUUGGCACCUUCGACACCGCCGAAGAAGCCGCCUUGGCUUACGACAAGGCCGCGUACAAACUUAGAGGUGACUUCGCGAGGCUUAAUUUCCCAAAUCUCCGCCACCAAGGAUCCCAUAUCGGAGGCGAAUUUGGGGACUACAAGCCUCUCCAUUCCUCAGUUGACGCAAAGCUUCAAGCCAUUUGCCAGAGCUUGGCUGAAACCCAGAAACAGGGGAAGCCUACCCAGGGCAAGAAAUCCAGGUCGCGGGCGGUGGCGCCCUCUGCGUCACAGCCGGUGACGGUUUCGGAGAGUUCGACGUUGUCUGAACAGGGAUCGGAAGAUUGUAAGGUGGAGCCAACUUCAUCGUCCAUGUUUACUGAGAGUGAUGGGUCCGGAGGAUCCUCGCCCCUCUCGGAUCUUACUUUCCCAGAUGAUUGCGAAGAAGCACCGUUCUACGGUGCUUGGGAGAAUUUCAAUUUGCAGAAAUAUCCCUCUAACGAGAUCGAUUGGGCAGCUAUUUCAUCCCAAUGGCCAUGAUGUUAUAUAAUGUGUCUCCUCUUUUGGUUUUUCAUUUUCAGUCUUAUUUUAGGGCGAUGUACUGUACUUGAGUUUAGAAAUUGGCGUCUACAGUAGGAGUAUAGCUACUGCAAUGAAAUUUUUGGCAGUUGCAGUAGCUAUCUGUGUUUAUGUCUAGGGAACCUGGUGGUAGGUUAGAACUUAGCAAGUUCUGCUGUGUUAAUAUGAUGUGUGUUGGUCAUGGCCAUUGGUCAGCUGGUGUUUUUUUCUUGCUGAUCCAUGGUAUCAUGUAUGUUCUUUAUUUGAGUUGUAAUUGAUUUCUACUUUUAUUAUCA